AUGAGUGCAAUAGUCCCUUCACAAGUAAAAAAUAAAAUCAAGCGAGAAGAAAUUCAUGCUCGAAGAAAGCAAGAAAAAAACCGUCUUAAAAUGGAAAUGAGGCUAAAACGACAGAAAGAAGAAGCUCAAAGUCCUGAAAAAAAAGCGGCAUGUAUUUUAAACAGACCGCAUUUUUCUCAAUUUGAUGAAACGAUUGUUGAUCCAAAUAAUUCAGAAGUAUGUGAAGACAUAGAAUCGGAUGAAUUUUCGGCUUAUUUUCGUGAAGGUGUAGCUCCAAAAAUCCUCAUAACUACUAGUAAAAGGCCAUCGAAGGUUGCAUACGAGUUUACAUCUGAAUUAGUGGAUGUGUUUCCAAACAGUCAAUUUAUGAAAAGAAAUAGUAAAUAUUCAAUUAAGCGAAUCAUCGAAGCUUGUUUGGAUCGAGACUUCACUGAUGUAAUGAUAAUAAACGAAGACAGAAAAAUUCCUAAUGCUGUCACUUUAGUUCAUUUGCCUGAAGGUCCUACUGCAUAUUUUAAAUUAACAAGCAUUAAAUUAAGCCGCGAAGUUGAUGGCCAUGGAAGGUCAUCAUGUCAUAAACCUGAAUUAAUUCUUAAUAAUUUUAAUACACGGCUUGGUCAUACUGUUGGUCGGUGGUUUCAAGCACUUUUUCCUCAUGUCCCAGAGUUUCAAGGACGUCAGAAUAAAGAGAAAGCUGAAUUACAAGAAAUUGGUCCCAGAUUUACACUCAAACUCAAGUGGUUACAAAAAGGUGUAUUUGAUAAAUAUGAAGAAUAUGAGUGGAUAUUCAAGAAACAAGCAGAAGGUGCUUCUUUUUAUGAUUGA